UCAGUCAGUAUCGACAUUUUUAACAAUGCCGUGUCGUUGUUAUUCAUAUUUACCAUUUGUAAACAAGACUACACAAUACACCGCGUGUUUUUGAAGUUGUAUAAGUGUUUGUUUACAAGCGUUGAUUUACUUUUUCGCGGAGGGAUCCGCACGCAGCCACUGGCUCUGUCGUGGAGCGGAAUUUGAAUCGUCUGAGUCUGCUCUCUGUUUAUCCUUUAUACUUUAGAGGAACAUCUAUUGAGAUGUAUUGAGAUGUUAAUGUCUCUUUUAAUGACACAAUAGUCCAUACCUGUGUUUUUAUAUAUAUUUGAAACAGGAUACACCCCUAUUAUUAUAUGUACAAGAUGGCUACCGUGGAAAUGAACACUGCUAGCACCGAGGGAGGUCAGAAGGAGAAAAUGUUGUCCCCCUCAGAAGAGGACUCCCAUCCAGUUUUAAAUGACAUCUCAGCUCCCCUGAAUUUCUCCGAGCUCACACCUUGUCAGUUCGGCAUCUCUGUCCAGAGUUUUACUCCAGCAUCAUUAAAUAGCAAAGAUAAGUCUCGUCUAGCACAGAUAAAGGCAAGGCGGAGGUCCAACGUCGGUGUCCGGGGCUCCCCAGAGACAAACUCCCUCAUCCGCUUCAUGGCACAACAGAGGAUGAAGACUCCACCAACCUUCCAAACUCCAGAGUCUGUCAGAAGUAGCCCGUUCCCUCCCCGGGUCGCCUCCACGCUGAGGCAGAAGAUGGCCUCCUUCCAGAGCCUGAUGGAUGUGGAAGAGAGCGAGGUCUGUGAUCCGACGCCAAGGCAGGACAGCAACACUGGAGGAUGCAUCAAGACAAGAGAUUAUCUGUCUGAUGGGAACAGCCAUUAUGGAGGCAAGGAGAACCACCCACCAAUGGCGACGCCCAUACCCAGCAAGAGGAGGCGCCUGGGCCCCCUAAGAGGCUGUGAGGUGGAGAUUAGAGAGGCCAGCGCUCCUAUCCUCCACUUCAGUUUGGAGGAGCAGCAGGAGGAGGAAGAACCAGUGACGCAGGUGUUGACACAGGGACCACAGCCAUCCAGUGCGACUGUGGUAGAGGCCCAAGCUGUGCUUAUAUCCCCAACGCUCCACAUUGACUUUGAGCUCGAAGCCUGUUCCCCUGCUAAGAACCAACAGGACGGCGUCUUUGAACUCCAAAGCCACGGCCGACCACCGCCUGAUGAUCCCGCAGCCGCUUCACCAACACGGCCUGCCUCCCCCUUCCACCUCCCCUCUCUCCCCUCUCUCCCUUCUCUGUUGGAGAUGAAGCCCACGGGAGAGGAUGACUCCACGGGGACGUCCACGGUUAAGGAGAAGAAAAAGAGGGUGCACUUUGGAGGUCCGCUCCUUCCCGAGGUCUUCGAUAAGAACCUGCCCCCCAGCACACCGUUAAAGAAGGGGGGCACGCCGGCCCGGGCACCCACACCGGGUGGGAGCUUACAGCCGCGCUCGGCGCUGAAGACACCGCAGAGGAGCGAAUCCCAAACACCACGAGCUCAGCUGGAUCUCAACAGCCCCACUGUGUUUGGUGCCUCGCCCACUCUUGCAAUGCCUCGCUACCGCAGAAUGCAGUCUGUGGGAGAGGACAGUGAAGAGAAGGAUGGAGAAAGACUGAUUGUUUUCCCUUCAAUGGAGGAGAUGGACUCUGUGGAGAUGAGAGAUACAGAAUGUACGUGGGACGCCCAGCCGUUGAAUUUAAACACUGCUUUCCACGAGGAGUCUCUUUCUCAGCAUCUGACAGAGUCUGAGACUAAAGCCAGCACAACCUCCCAGAUGGAUACCCUGGAUGAGCCUACGUCCUUACCAGAGAAGGAGAAACAACAUGAAGCAGGUGUGGAAGCUCCAGCUCUAGCUCCAGCUCCAGCUCUAGCUCCAGCUGCAGCUCUAGCUCUAGCUCUAGCUCUAGCUCCAGCUCCAGCUCUAGCUCCAGCUCCAGCUCUAGCUCCAGCUGCAGCUCUAGCUCUAGCUCUAGCUCUAGCUCCAGCUUCAGCUCCAGCUCCAGCUCCAGCUCCAUCUCCAGCUCCUGCUAGAAACCGAAGGAAAAAGCAACCAGGAUCAGAGCAUGCAUCCAGCAGUAAGGCUCCAGCUCGCUCCAGCAGCAGAACGAGAAAGCAGCCAGAGGAGAGCGAACCUGUGAAGAGGUCGACACGCUCUGCUGCCAAGUCGGCCUCCGGGAGGAUGAAGAAGACCGCCGCAGCAGCCCGGCGAUGGAACAGGGACGUGGACCGCUCCCUGUACGGCUCUCGGGCGUACGCCUCUAAAGACCCCAACCUGAGCCCCAUCACUGAGAGGUUGUCCCUCUUCGGCCAGUCUCCAGCAGCACAGCAGACUGCCUCUACGAGCUGCACAGCCCCAAAUCAGGAGACCCACUUGAACCCUGACAUGGCUAUGGACACCCAACCGAUAUGUGACCUCACUGUGACAAAAGUCUCGGAAAAUCCUUCAGAGGAUUCCGACACAUCUCUCAGCUCCAGUACAGAAAGCAGCACAGGGAGGGGCAGGAGGUCGUCAAGGCCGAGGGUCAGAGGGAGAGGACUGAAGAAAAGGAAGGUCAGUAUAUCCGAUGAUGAGCUCAGUGAGGAGGCUAUGGAUCAGAGUGGAGGAAAGACGGAGGAGCACUGUGAAGACCAAACCACUACAAACCUUGAGGCAUCGAGGGAAACCCCGCUGCACCACACUGCACCUGAACAAGGAGAAGUCGACACUGAAGACACUGAUGACACGCAGACUCACUCAGAUUCAGAUGGAAAAUUAGAAUGUCACGGCAGUCUGGAUGCACCCACCUCAGACUGCCCGUCUUCAGCGGAAGAAUCCAGCAACACUUUGAGUCUGCCAGCACGGAGAAGAGCCAAGCGGGGCAGGAAGAGAUCUGUGAAGAGCUCGGUGCUACAGGAGCAGGGCAACCAGGCAGAGGAGCACCAUGAAGUGGAGGAGACCCUUCUCCAGGGAGAGCAAGCAGCUAGCCAGCAGGAAAACAACAUCAGGCCAAGCUCCGAGAGCCAGGAUGAGGGGGGAGCAGCCGAUCCGCAGCUCGCCCCCUGGCAGGCUGACUUUAACUUUGAGGAUGUGUUCAAACCUGUCGCCAGCAGAGGGCAGCGCUCAGUGCGCCGCAGCCUGAGGAACCAGAGCAAUGCAGAGCAGCACAGCAGCAACAGUGCAGGCCUCGCCUGGAUGGCUUGGACCUCCCCUGUCUCCAAUAAAGAGGCCCGCAGGAGGACCCGGGCCCGCCGGCUCAGUGCUGCUCCACCUGUCCCACCUCCACUCCCUCAGGAGACACAAGACCCUGAGGAGACACAAGACGACGCUUCAUGAGAAACUACAUGAACAUAAACUGAGAUUAAAGAGGGAUAACUAAUACAUUCAUCAUACAUACCUACCCUGUUUUAUACAGAUUAAAUGAAAUGAUUUUUUCCAAAGAGCAGGCUGAUUGUUUUAUAUUAGCCACAGCAUCGACGCCUUUGUUCCCUGUGAAUUAUUAGAGCUGACCAGUAAUUUGUAGCCAGUUUCCCCUCCGCUAACCAAGCCAGUCAAUACCCUGUGAGCCCAAUCAUCUCUGCUGACCACCUCCCAAUCAAUAUCCAACCACUCAGCUGGUAAUCACAGUGCAUCCUCAGACUCGCUCUCCAAAGUCAUUGGAUCGAGCAUCUCCAAGUCAAUAUCUACUCUUUGUGGAUAGAUGAAGAUGGCUGUACUGCAUUCACCAUCUGUCAUGCAAGGCUGGGCAGGAAGAGGGGGUAAUAAUGAUGGAAUAGUAACGGGGGGAGAGGGGGGAGAAAAUGGAGAGAAUCUAAUUAAUAAGCUUGAACAGUUCUGUUUAUUUGUGGUUGCUGGACUUUUCUUUUCUUUUUUUCUCAGUGAUCCAAACUGUUGACAUACAGGUAAAUGUCCAGAAGAGGUCCCCAUCUCAUGGUGUUAUCUGAGCUUUUAAUGGUUUUAGUCUGCUGUCAAUAAGAUUGUCUUAAAACGUUGCAUCAAAUCAGAAAUAAGUUUGUGUUCUCAAUGACUUUCCUGGAAUGUCAAAAUGUACCUUGCUAGACUGAUUAAAUGCUUUGGUUGCAAAUAAAGACACCUCAUUAGA